AUGACCAUCUCCAAGAUCCACGCCCGCUAUGUGUACGACUCUCGCGGCAACCCCACCGUCGAGGUCGACGUUGUGACCGAGACUGGCCUCCACCGCGCCAUUGUUCCCUCGGGUGCCUCCACCGGUCAGCAUGAAGCUUGCGAGCUCCGUGACGGCGACAAGUCCAAGUGGCUUGGCAAGGGCGUCCUCAAGGCCGUCCAAAACGUCAAUGAGGUGAUCGGGCCCGCGAUCAUCAAGGAGAACAUCGACGUCAAGGACCAGACCAAGGUCGACAAGUUCCUGAUUGACCUCGAUGGCACUCCCAACAAGACCAAGCUUGGCGCCAACGCCAUCCUCGGUGUGAGCUUGGCCAUUGCCAAGGCAGGAGCUGCUGAGAAGGGCGUCCCUCUCUAUGCGCACAUCUCGGACCUUGCUGGCACCAAGAAGCCCUAUGUCCUCCCGGUGCCUUUCAUGAACGUCCUGAACGGAGGUUCCCAUGCUGGUGGUCGCCUGGCAUUCCAGGAGUUCAUGAUUGUCCCUUCAUCGGCUCCUUCAUUCUCCGAGGCCAUGCGUCAGGGUGCUGAGGUAUACCACAAGCUCAAGGCCCUGGCCAAGAAGAAGUACGGCCAGUCGGCCGGCAAUGUCGGUGAUGAGGGCGGUGUCGCUCCGGAUAUCCAGAGCCCGCAGGAGGCCCUCGACCUGAUCACCGAGGCCAUUGAGCAGGCGGGCUACACCGGCCAGGUCAAGAUCGCCAUGGACGUGGCCUCUAGCGAGUUCUACAAGGAGGACGCCAAGAAGUACGAUCUCGACUUCAAGAACCCCGAGAGCGACCCGAGCAAGUGGCUCACGUACGAGGAGCUGGCCAGCCUGUACAGCGAGCUGUGCAAGAAGUACCCGAUCGUCAGCAUUGAGGAUGCCUUCGCCGAGGACGAUUGGGAGGCCUGGAGCUACUUCUACAAGACCCAGGACAUCCAGCUUGUGGGCGACGACCUGACGGUCACCAAUCCUCUCCGCAUCAAGAAGGCCAUUGAGCUCAAGGCGGCCAACGCGCUCCUGCUCAAGGUCAACCAGAUUGGGACUCUCACCGAGUCGAUUCAGGCCGCCAAGGACUCGUACGCCGACGGCUGGGGCGUCAUGGUUUCGCACCGCUCCGGCGAGACGGAGGAUGUCACCAUCUCGGAUGUGGUUGUCGGCAUCCGCUCCGGCCAGAUCAAGACUGGCGCUCCCUGCAGAUCCGAGCGCCUUGCCAAGCUCAACCAGAUCCUCCGCAUUGAGGAGGAGCUUGGUGAGAACGCCAUCUAUGCGGGCGAGAACUUCCGCAAGGCUGUUGAAUUGUAA